AUGGCCGCUUACUUACAGGCUUGGCAUAAUGAAUAUUCUCAUCAGCAAUUGGCAAAUCGAGGUACAAAAUGGCAUUUUCUACCACCUGGCGCACCUCAUCAAGGCGGUCUAUGGGAAGCUGCCGUUAAAUUAGCAAAGAAGCACAUAUUACGCAUUGUUGGCACCCAUUCGAUUUACUAUGAUCAGCUACAUACUCUACUUGUACAUAUCGAGGCUUGCUUGAAUUCACGUCCACUCAUACCAUUGCAUGACACAUGUGACGACAAGAUAGCUCUAUCACCUGCAGAUUUCCUUAUUGGCAGAUCCUUACUGGCAGUGCUAGAUGAACCCAUUGGCAAGGUACCUAGCAACAAAUUAUCAUACUGGCGACAACUAAGUCAAAUGCAACAGCAUUUUUGGCGACAAUGA